UGAGAUAACACGCUAUUGGCGCCAUUGGCGACUAAAUAAGCUAAAUUCGUAAUCAACCAGUUUAUAUUCCGGUUCGGUCGGCGAUUGCUGCACGCUCGCCUCGCGAAUAAUAAAUAAGAACAAUAAAAAUGUUUCCUUUGCGACGUGUCGGCUGUAAGAUCUUGGAGCAAUGGCGGGCGCCGGUCGUGGUAGCUGCGAAAUCGAAGAGUUUCAGUACAGAAGCCCCUCGGCCUUUGACGAUGCUCACUGAUGAUGAAUUAGCUAUGAAGGAGACAAUAAGAAAGCUGGCGACAGAACAAAUAGCACCACUAGUCAAAAAGAUGGAAGAUGAACACAAAAUCGACGAAGGAAUCAGACAAAUGCUGUUCGAUAAUGGUCUAAUGGGCAUAGAAACACCGGCAGAAUACAGUGGAUCAGGGUGCGGCUUCCUCACGAUGAUGCUGGUAGUGGAAGAGUUGUCCAGAGUGGACCCAGCCGUGGCCGCCUACGUGGACAUCCACAACACAUUGGUCAACUCCUUAUUCAUGAAGCUGGGGACGGAGGAACAGAAGAAGAAGUACUUGACGAACUUGUGCACGGAAUAUGCUGGCAGUUUCUGUUUAACAGAGCCAACAUCAGGCUCAGACGCCUUCGCGCUGAAGACUGUGGCAAAGAAGGACGGCAAGGACUACGUCAUCAAUGGCUCCAAGAUGUGGAUAUCUAACUCAGAUGUCGCUGGCGUGUUCCUCAUCAUGGCUAAUGCUGAUCCUUCAAAGGGUUACAAAGGCAUCACGUGCUUCAUAGCGGAGCGCGACACGCCCGGCCUCACGGUCGCCAAGCCGGAGAACAAGCUCGGCAUCCGCGCGUCCGGCACUUGUAUGGUGCACUUCGACAACGUACGGGUGCCUGAGGAGAAUAUCCUGGGAGAGUAUGGGAAAGGUUACAAGUAUGCGGCGGGCUUCCUCAACGAGGGCCGCAUCGGCAUCGCGGCGCAGAUGAUCGGCCUCUGCCAGGGCUGCAUGGACGCCACCAUCCCUUACACGCUGGACAGGAAGCAGUUCGGCAAGAGCAUCUACUCUUUUCAGGGUAUCAGCUACCAAAUCGCGCAUCUCCAAACGCAACUGGAAGCGGCGAGACUGCUCACUUACAACGCGGCGCGACUGAAGGAGAACGGGCUUGAAUUUGUCAAGGAAGCCGCCAUGGCCAAAUACUUUGCCUCAGAAAUAGCCCAAACCCUAACAUCAAAGUGCAUCGACUUCAUGGGAGGCGUAGGUUUCACGAGAGACUUCCCUCAAGAGAAGUUCUUCCGCGACGCGAAGAUCGGCACCAUCUACGAGGGCACCAGCAACAUGCAACUGCAGACCAUAGCUAAACUCAUUGAGAAGGAAUACAAACAGUAGUUAUUACAAAUUUCUGAAAUGCCAGCAACGCAUUGGCGGUUCCUCUGGUACUGUUCAUGGACAGGGGUAAUCACUUAAGGUGAACGCAUACUUAUCCGAGCCGAACGAAACGAAUUUCGAAUUUUGAAUACGAAAUUUCGUUCGACUGGUAUAAGUGUGCGUACACCUUUAACAUCAGGUGACCCACCUGCUCGUUUGGUCGAUAUUUAUUUUUAAAAAAGUUAUAAGUGCUGGCGAGAUUUUUAACAUUUAGCAAUACCCGUGGAAGAGUUGUGAGAUGUUGGUGUCAUGUCAAAACUUUCCCAUUAACACGAAAGUUAUUAUCAUAUUGCCACCGUUCACGACAGCUAGGGAAAUUCUAACUAAACAUCGAGGCUUCGACGUCACUGGCAGGAGUCAAAUGUUAGUUUUGACUCCUGCCAGUGACGUUUUGACGCCUGCUAGAAACAUUUGACGCAGGUAGCCCUAUUUUUCUAUGAUUCGGUAUGGAGUGUGAGGAUACAUUACCUAGAUUCAGGAUAAAACCGAGAGUUCCCUCUGACAUUACUAAUAUAUAAAAGGAAAGAUGACUGACUGACUGACUGAUCUAUCAACAUGCAGCUACUGGAUGGAAAUCCAGCUGAAAGGCAUGUAGAUAGCUAUUAUGACAUAGACAUCCGCAUUGAUAUUGCAUCAAUUGAGCAAAUUACUUUUUAAGCUUCCUUGCUAGCUCCCCAGUUUUGUAAAGGAUGACAGGUUGCAACCAAGUAGCAGGUAUAUGCUAAAAUGUUAAGUUAUUUGACAUUUCAAUGCUGAUCAGGGUUUAUAAGCAUUUAUGAGAUUUACUAUUUGUAUUUUAUAAGAAAAAGUAUUGAAAAUGUGUGUAUUUUUUGCAUAUUUUAUACAUUCAAUAUUGUCCAUUACAUACUAUAUUAUAUUGAUUUUAUAGUGCCAAUAUUUUAAUGCCAUGUUCUGAAAUUACAUUUAAAUAUUAUGUACUGUACAUACUUAUAAAUAAAAUAAAAACAAUAUUUUUACGCCUUUAUUCUACAUCUUGUGUCCAUAAAUAAAUAUUGUACUUUCUACAUUACUACAAAACUUUACAAUGUAAUUGUCACAUCAAUAUUUUAU